UGUCGCGCAUUGAAAGCUUUUGUGCAUGCUGCUAUCGCUUUCUUCGACUUGUGUUUUGUCUCGAAAGCUUCAAGCUCUCUCCGGAGAUCGCCGGUUUCGGCCUCCAAGUCCGCAUCGUCAUACCCGCAAAAAAGUACACCCAAGCCCAUCCAAAGCCAACAACAUACCACCAACAAACCACAUAUCAACUCACGACAAUGACAAAAUUUCGCCCUUGCAUCGAUCUCCACGCCGGCAGUGUAAAGCAAAUCGUCGGCGGCACAUUGACGACAACCGACUCUGAGCUCAAAACAAACUUCACCUCCAAACUACCAUCGUCGUAUUAUGCAAAUCUGUACAAGGAAAAUGCGUUGGAGGGUGCGCAUGUGAUUAUGCUGGGGCCUGGAAAUACGGAUGCGUGCAAAGAGGCUUGUGAAGCUUGGCCGGGGCAUUUGCAAGUUGGUGGUGGUAUUAAUGAUGGGAAUGCGAAAGAGUGGAUUGAGUAUGGUGCUAGCAAGGUCAUCAUCACAUCCUUCCUCUUCCCCUCUGGCAAAUUCUCCCUGGAACGUCUACAAUCAGUACUCAAAGCUCUGGACAACGACACUUCAAAACUCGUCAUCGAUCUAAGUUGCCGUCGUAAGGGCGAUACCUGGUUCGUCGCCAUGAACAAAUGGCAAGAUCUGACUGAUAUGGAAUUGACUGCUGAAUCAAUCUCCCUCCUCCAACCCUACUGCUCAGAAUUUCUCAUCCAUGCAGCAGACAACGAAGGCCUCCAACAAGGCAUCGACGAAAUCCUCGUCCGCAAACUCUCGGAAUGGUCUUCAAUCCCUGUCACAUACGCAGGCGGUGGUCGCAACUUGCAAGAUCUCGAAUUGGUGGAGAGUUUGAGUGGUGGCAAGGUGGAUUUGACUAUCGGAAGUGCAUUGGAUGUGUUUGGAGGAAAUGGUGUCAAGUUUGAUGAAUGUUGUGAGUGGAACAAGUCUAGAGUAUAGGAGAUGAAGAGUGACAAGCAUGAGCUGCGUUGAUAUAGAUGAUGGAAGAUAUAGAACGCCUUCCUUUCGCCAAC